AUGGCACAAUCUUCCCAUCGAGAUGACUUCUUUCAGACAACAACGUCGCUGGAGGAAUCCCGUCGCAAAGCCGAGAAAGCAAGAAACUCGAAUGGCGACCCCAUCAAACUUCAAAGUAAACUAUUAGCGAUUGCCGCUGAUCCCACUAGCGAUUCCUCUGUCUAUGUUGCUGAGAGUGCGGGCCUUCUCAGAAAAGUGGUGCUUGAAGUAGGUGAAACUGCUACCCUUUACAGGGGACCGACUGCCCCAUUAACCAGUAUAUGCUUUUCCUCCGACGGCACAACUAUCUUCGCCGGGUGCUGGGACAAGACUAUAUGGAGCUGGGACGUUACUUCGCGAACGCAAAAACAUAGAUACCAUGGCCACACAGACUUUGUAAAAACGGUUAUCUCCCAGAAAUUUGAUGAUUACAGCCGUGGAGUACUACAUCUUGCGGUCGAUCCUCUUGUUUCUGAAGAUGAUCUGCAGCGAAUCAAUGUCUUCAGCGCAGGAAGUGAUCGCAGCAUUCGUUACUUCUCUCUUUCCACCCCUUUGAAGGAACAAUCCCUGUCAGCCCCGAUAGUGGAACAUGAGACUAGUGUCUAUAAGCUUUUCUUCGAUGCAGAUGGUGACUUGUGGACAGCUUCGGCAGAUAAAACUGCUAAAUGUCUCUCCAGAGAAGCGAACUGGCAAGCGGACAUGACCUUGGACCAUCCGGACUUUGUCAGGGAUGUUGCCGUGUGUGAACAGGGCGGCUGGGUGGUUACGGGAUGUAGAGAUGAGGAAGUGCGUGUAUGGAAUCGUGCGACUGGAAAGUUGCAUCAUUCAUUCUCUGGCCAUUUUGAAGAAGUGACUGGGAUCUUAAUACUUGGGACGACUGUUGUUAGUAUCAGUAUCGAUGCCACCAUACGGCAGUGGUCGCUUGACCCAACUCAGCUUGAAAUGGCCAAAGCAAAAGCUGAAAGGGCAUCCCAGGAGGACGAAGUAAUUGGUAAUGGACUUAAGGAGUCACCGUUGACUGAGGAAGAGGAGAGGGAGCUUGCGGGGUUGAUGGGCGAUGACUAG